AUGGCCUCUAAUUCAAUUUCGUUUGUGGCUAAUCCGCAAACUCCUAACAAGCAAAAAUAUGCUUCAAAUGAGCAUUCCACCGUGUCUUCCACAACGUCCUUGCUCUCAGCAGGCUCGCCAGUACUGAAUCAGAACAUGGACCUAGCACGCGUGGGUUCUUUGCCCUUUCGUUCUGGAAAUUCUAGGGGUAAGAAGCAAAAUGUUGAUUUCCUUAGGACGCGCUCCGCAAACGCCUUCGACGCAGAGGCUGAUGAUGCCUACGACAUCAGUACUGUUGACCAAGAGGGUGUGGACCCUCAACACCGCGAGAGUUUUUCUUCCGGCGGUCUAGACUCGUCUAGUGAGUGGAUCCUAUUUUCUCCGGGCCCUUCAGAACCGGGAAAGCCCGCAGAGGACCCUUAUUAUGACGACGUUUUGAGCACGUCUUUAGAGAAGACUUCUACACAGGAUGCGAACGACGAAAGCUUUGUUGAUGUACAGGACGAGGGGGACGAUGACGACUCUCUGAUUGAGGAUCUUCAGGAACAUAUCAAUCUUGACAUACCUUAUAGGAAAGAGGAUUUGAAUUUUCGGAUCGAGAACUGGCGCAAACAGCAGGUGUCCAUCCUUCUCAGGGACCUCGCUGGAGACCAGAGUGAGCUGGAUGAUGACACAAUCGAGCUCAUCAAGGCUUGGGGUAUUGACGACACAGGGUCGGGAGAUAUCUACCAGAACUUAUGGCUACAACAAAUACCUGUCACCGAUACGCAUUACGGCGACGGCGUACUGAAAAGCUAUUCAAAAGAGGACCUCAAGGUGCUCAAGCAAAUAUUAGUCAAGCUUUCUGGCUCUUUGAGAAGGACCGUUAAGUCCAAAUAUAUCAAGCCACAGUUAAGCCAAGCGCCAACUAGAACGACUUCGAUGGCAACAAUCACUGAAGUUUACACAAAUCCAGCCAAGAAACGGGACCCUGACCAGUUCAUGAACAACAAAAGUCUCCAAAAAUACAUACCCUAUUUUCUGAAGAACCUCAUCAUCACUUCAGACUUGCUGCCGCAAUUCGAGCGCUUUGAUGACGACAACGCAAGCGAAGAAGACGAGGGACAGAAAACAGACACAGAGGAUGGACCUAUGGCUCCCUACGUCGCGGCUCGCAAAGAAAGUAUAAUAUCCAAUUUUUCGGAGGGAGCGAGAAUACGAUCAACAGAUGGCGGUCGUCAGGGAAGCAAAGGGCUUGUGAGGCGCAACAGCAACGAUAAUUUUUGGGAUACACCUGACCUGAAGAGUGUCAAUUCAAGCAUAUUGACCUACUCCACAGGCAGUAUUGUAGGAUUUUAG